GUCGGGAGGAGCGGGGCAGGGAAAAGCGCCAGCGGGAACACCCUCCUCGGAGAACACGUGUUCAAGUCCAAGCCUGCGACCGAGCCGGUGACCGUGAGCUGUGCGCAAGCACGAGGGCACUGCGAAGGCACGGACAUCACGGUCAUUGACACGGCCGAUAUUUUUGAUCCAAGAGCUGCCGUCAGUGAGGUGUACAAAGAAAUUACUCAUUGCGUCAGGCUGUCCUCCCCAGGCCCCCACGCGCUGCUGCUGGUAACCGAGCUGGGCCAAUUCACGGAGGAGGACAAGGCGGCCACGCAGAGACUGCAGGACAUUUUUGGAGUUGAUGUUUUGAAGCACGCGAUCGUCUUACUCACCCACGCAGAAGACCUGGCGGGGAGGUCGCUGCACGAUUACCUGCGGUAUUGCGGCAAUGGAGCGCUCCAGGACCUGAUCCUGCGGUGUGGGAGCAGGUACUGCGGCUUCAACAACAGAGCAGUCGGUGCCGAACGGGACCAGCAGGUCACCAAGCUGAUGGGGAUGGUCUACCACGUGGUGCGGGAGAACGGGGGCAAGUGGUACAGCAACGACAUGUACCUGGAGCCCAAUUUAACGGAAAAGAAAGUGGAGUAUCACAUGGGGAGGCACAAAGCAGAGAGGAAAGCGAGGGAGUGGUCCAGAGCUAGGCCGUGCAGGAUAAUUAUGGGUUACGGGAUGAUUCUCUUUGUCCUUGCUCUGUUUUCCCUGAUUCUCAUUUUUUCCUGA